UUCACCGGGCCGGGUCCUUGAGCACGUGACAGGGAAGGGCCUUGCGCGCGGUGCAUCUCGGGACAGGGGCGGCCCUCGAGUCUCUCUUUCUGCGCGGUGGCGGGUGGCGGCAGCACGCGGCUCCCGGAGUGCGCGGGGCGAAGAUGGCUGACCGGGAAGGUUGUAUAGCUAAGAAGCAGAAGAAGAAAAAGGAUAAGAAAUUUCUACCAGAUGCAGAUGUUGCUGACAUACAGCACACAGAGGAAUUCUUCAUCAAACCUGAAUCCCGAGUGGCUCAGCUGGACACAUCUCAGUGGCCCUUGCUGCUGAAGAACUUUGACAAGCUAAAUGUGAGGACAACGCACUACACACCCCUUCCUUCUGGCUGCAAUCCCCUGAAGAGAGACAUCACUGAGUAUGUUAGGACAGGCUUCAUUAACCUUGACAAGCCAUCCAACCCUUCUUCCCAUGAGGUGGUUGCCUGGAUCCGGCGCAUCCUCCGGGUUGAGAAGACAGGGCACAGUGGGACGCUUGACCCCAAAGUGACGGGGUGUCUGAUUGUGUGCAUCGAACGAGCAACACGGCUGGUUAAGUCUCAGCAGAGUGCAGGCAAAGAGUAUGUGGGAAUCAUUCGGCUGCACAGUGCUAUUGAAAGCGAGAUUCAGCUUUCCAGGGCAAUAGAAACUCUGACCGGUGCCCUGUUUCAGCGACCUCCCCUCAUUGCAGCUGUCAAGAGGCAGCUGAGGGUCCGAACCAUCUAUGAGAGCAAACUGGUAGAAUACGACCCUGAGAGGAGAUUAGGUAUCUUCUGGGUGAGUUGUGAAGCUGGCACCUACAUCCGUACGCUGUGUGUCCACUUGGGCCUGCUGCUGGGGGUUGGAGGCCAGAUGCAAGAGCUCCGGCGAGUGCGCUCGGGGAUCAUGGGAGAGAAGGACCACAUGGUGACAAUGCAUGAUGUACUGGAUGCCCAGUGGCAGUAUGACAACAACAAGGAUGAGAGUUAUCUGAGGAGGGUUAUCUUCCCCUUGGAGAAGCUGCUGACUUCACACAAACGGCUGGUUAUGAAGGACAGUGCGGUUAAUGCCAUCUGCUACGGCGCGAAGAUCAUGCUUCCUGGUGUUCUGAGGUAUGAAGAUGGCAUUGAGAUUAAUCAGGAGAUUGUUGUCAUCACCACUAAAGGGGAGGCCAUCUGCAUGGCUGUUGCCUUGAUGACCACCGCAGUGAUUUCUACCUGUGACCACGGUAUAGUGGCAAAGAUCAAGAGGGUGAUUAUGGAAAGAGACACUUACCCCCGCAAAUGGGGUCUUGGUCCCAAGGCAAGUCAAAAGAUGAUGAUGAUCAAGCAGGGCCUGUUGAGCAAGCACGGCAAGCCCAAUGAGAGCACGCCAGACUCCUGGAAGAAGGAGUACGUGGACUACAGUGUUGCUAUAAAGAAAGAGGCAGAAGCCCCAGCAGCAAUGGCUGAGAGAGUACCAAAAAGAAAGCGGGAGACAGAGAGUGAAAAUGAGGCAUCAGUGGCUCCAUCCUCCCCGGCCACUCCACAACCAGACGAGCAGAGCAGGAAGGAAAAGAAAAAGAAGAAAAAAGAGAAGAAGGCCAAAGAAGCUGCAGAGAGCGGAGGGGAGCUAAUGGAAGUGGCCAGUGACGCCAGCACCAAGAAGAAGAAGAAAAAGAAGAAACAAAAGCAAGCUGAAGAGAGCUCGGAGUAAGUGGCUAGAUACCUCCCAGCCAGAUGAGGCCAUCUGCUUUGGAUGGAAGACGGAAAUAACAAAAGCUAUUCCCCAGCAGUGCAGAAACACUGCCUGCAGUAGGGUGAUGAGGCUUCUGAUCCGUUGCUUAUACAAACAAAACCAUGUCUGCAGUGUGGCUCAGCAAGCUCACCAUAAGCCUCUCAUCCUGUUUUAAGGGUGGCUGGAGGGAAGAGUGUAAAACUUACCCACUGCACUGGACUCUGCUCUGCUAAGCUGGUUGCCUCAAUACAUAUAAAACUCUUUUCGGGGAACCAAUAGCUUCUGCUAAAAAUGGGCCCUCCUAACCUCCAGUGUUUUGAGCAAUUUCCACAAAUGGAGAUAAUGCCUCCUUUCCUAGUCCUGCCUUUCCCUCUGUUCGUGGGUCCGGGAGCCAUUACGCUGACAGUCACAGAAUGUUCUUACAGCUGAAGGAAUUGGCCUGAGCCACUCACCCUCUUGGAGCAGCAUCCGGGGUCUGGGUGAUCACAUUGGCUAUUUUAAGUUCUUUGGUUUUAAACUUGCAGUGCUUGGCUUGAGUCUCAGCUAGCCAAGUCCCAGUGUCUCCCCCAGGAGGGUAGAUGUUUUAAGUACAUGUUUUCAGUUUGUGUAGGCUUAGAAUUUUGUACUUGAGGUUUCUCCCAUUUUUUGUUUCAAAGUGCAGGGACCUGGCUCCAUUUGCUGUUCAUCAAACUCCCAUUUACGUGUUCUUACGGCUGUGUCCACCACUGCCUCAGCCCUCCUUCCCAGUAUUAGCACCUAAUCGAUUCUGGGGGUUGGAAUGGAGAGAUAGGAGAGAUCUCUGGGGCCAGAGGCCCCGUGUGAUCUGGAAAGUGUUGGCUGGUCGUAUGUGUUCUCUAAAGGGUAGUGCGAAUGGAGAUUGGAGGCCUUUGGCACCAGCUCUUGGCUGGCUGAAGCUGAUCGUGCUAUGGGCAGCAGAUGGUCUGUUCCAAACAAAGCACCCAGGUUCUCUUGCUGGAGUGCCUUGCUGGCAGGAGGAGGUGGGUUGCUGGUGCUACUGGGUGACUGGAUUUAUCCCUAUACCUGUUUUAACCCCUUCAGGGAGGGGCUAGGAUGCUCUGCAUUGAGCAAAUACCAUCUGAAGUAAAGGCCUAAAGUUGCCUAAGAGUGUGUUGCUCUUUUUUCCCCUUCUCCAGUACUAGGGAGACACAGGUGGUGAGCACAGCUGGGGGCUGUCAGGGAUUUAAAGGAAAAGAAAGUUGUGAUUAUUAUUUACUUUUUAUAAAAAAACAAUAAAACAAAACACCUUAACAAAUAAACUAUUUUUCAAGUGUUGACUUGUUGCUGUUCAAGCUGGGUAGGAAGCAGUGCUUCAGUUAAUUGGCCACCUCUGCGUUGAGGUGGGGGCUACUAUGAGACAGGCCUCUUCCCCAUUCUGUCCUUAGUUGUGCCUCCUUUCCCAGGGAGGAGGAGCUGAAGGGGAGAGGAUGGUUGGUGCUGGCUGCUCGGAUUGAUUGCAAAGGUAAUGAUGGUGCUGCUCUGGAAUCUUCUAAUAGGCACUGACUAAAUUACCAAUUUGUUUUGGUCAGCACCUACCUUGGCCAGCUUGGAACAUGGGAUUUUUGCAUUGGAAGGCCCUAUUCCCUUAAAAGGGCACUGAGACUGUUUGUGAACCAACCCACACAUGCAUACUGCUGGCUUUGCCCUAACUUCCUUCAUAAUAAGACUGACUUUUGCUGUUUGGUGGGAGGGAAAGGAGCAGGGGUGAGUGCUCUUGUUAUGUGUGCAGAGUAAAGCCAGCUUGUGCUGGUCCUGUGUCAGAGAAUAAAUUGAGCAGUGAUUCCCUGCCCCUUUAAGGGCCAGUGUGGAGCAGUCCAGUAGCUUUUCUGCUCUUGAAUGGCAGAGAGGUGUAUAGCUCAGAUGGCAGUGUUCCAAGGGCAGGGAGUACCUCACUGCCGUUCAGCUGGUUUCUUGGGGAGCAGUUCAUUGGAGGGAUGCUGCAGUUACCUAUUGAGCUCAGUACAAACUAUGAAACCAAGCAAACACUUCAAUACUUUUAUUGCUAUGUUGUAUUUCCCUGCGGUGGACUAGAAUAAAGGUCUCUAUUGCACAUCA